GUGAAAGAGGAGUUUUGUUUUGUUGUGAAAACUGUUUUUCGCACUAAAAAUGCAUUCAUAAGAGAGAAAUGGCGGACAAAACGUGCGGACAAUCCCUUCACGUCUUUCUCGACGUCAAAGUCGGCGAAGAGUUCGUGGGUCGAAUUGUGGUCGAGUUGUUCACUAAUGUGGUGCCGAAGACGUGCGAAAACUUCCGCGCCUUAUGUACGGGUGAAAUGGGUGUCGGCUCUCAGGGAAAACCUCUUCACUACAAGGGAUCCAUUUUUCACAGAAUAAUCCGUGAAUUUAUGGUUCAAUGCGGAGACUUCACUAACUUUAACGGAACGGGCGGUCAGAGUAUAUACGGCGAGAAGUUUGAAGACGAGAACUUUGAGCUUAAGCACGACAAACCCGGUAUCUUAAGUAUGGCAAACGCCGGCCCCAAUACUAACGGCUCCCAAUUCUUCAUCACAACUGUCGCGACUCCUCAUUUGGAUGGAAAGCAUGUGGUCUUCGGACAAGUGGUCAGAGGGUUAGGCGUUGUGAAGCACUUGGAGAGCGUGCGAACCGACGGUGACGUCCCAUUAGAAAAAUGUGUUGUCUCUGAUUGCGGACAAUUCAAAGCGGGAGAGGAUUGGAAUCUGAUUAUAAACGAUGGCACUGAAGAUGUGUUCCCUUCAUUUCCAGAGGAUUCUGACUUAGAUUUUACUUCGAUCGAUCAGAUCUUACAAAUCGGCGAAAAGAUCAAAAGCGCUGGAAAUAUGUGUUUCAAGAAUGAAGACAUUGUUAACGCCAACAGUAAAUACAAGAAAGCGUUGCGUUAUUUGAAUAAAUUGCACGACAAUGACCUCAACGACGACAUUACUAAACGUGUUGUCGCUCAAGAACUUCCAUGUCUUCUCAAUAGCGCGGCCUGUCUUCUGAGACUUAAACGAUAUGACGCGGCGCUGGAAGUGCUGAACGAAGCGCUAGACAUCGGACCCGACAACGCAAAGGCUCUUUACAGGAGGGGUCAGGCCUUUCACGGGCGACGAGAGUACGAGAAAAGUUUAGCGGAUCUAAAGAGAGCGCAAACUCUGGCGCCGAACGACAAGUCCAUAUCAUCAGAGUUGGCGGCCGUUAACGGAGAGAUUGAGGCCUACAAAGCGAGGGAACGGAAGGCCUACGCGAAGAUUCGACACAAGAGAUUAGACGGCGAUUCCGUAAAUGAAGGAUAUCUGACCGUAAAUGCGGACGACUUUAACGAAGACAUGAGUGCAGUGGAAGUUCGAUGCGAUAGAAAUUUCAAGAAGGAAUCCAAUUCACUGCACAGACAAUCUCUCUGUCGACCGCCGCGUAAGCAAUUGGUUGCCCUCAAAAUGCCGUCCAAGUAUUACAUGCCGGGUGUCUAUCAUCGGCCCAACAGCUACGAAGUGGACAGAUGUGACGGCGUCUGUCAGCACCCGAACCAUAUGUGCCUUCCCAUUGAAAAGCAGAUCAUUGAAAUUUAUAGCCGUUUGUUGAACGCCGGAAGUCGAGCGACGCGCCAAUCAGUUCCUCCCGAGAAGUGUAUGCGAAUCAAAGUAGAAAAGCACGUCCUCUGCAGCUGUCAGUGCGUUAUGAGCGCUAAGAACUGUAACGAAAAGCAGAUCUUUUCGGAGGACCGGUGCGCCUGUGAGUGCAGAGACACGAGUCAGGCCAAGACCUGUUCCCAGAAGAACCGAAUGUGGUCUAACGAGAAGUGUCAGUGCGUGUGUCCGCCCACCACUUCCAGAGACUGCUCUUCCGGUGCCCUUUUCGAUGAGACCACCUGUCGAUGUUUGCAAACAUAAGGACAAUAAAUUGGACAAUACAUUGUCCUUUAAGUUCAUUAAUAAUUAAUAUAAAAUAUUAAUAAAAAUUAAUUUUCUAUAACUACUCUCAGCCAUGCA